AUGACAUCAAGACCAUUAAUUUUAGGAUCAUCAUCAAUAUGGAGAAAACAAGUUUUGAUUGAUAUGGGAUAUAUAUUUAAAACCAUGUCACCUGAUAUUGAUGAGAAAGCAAUUAGAGAUUCUGAUCCAAAAACAUUGACAUUAUUAAUUAGUAGAGCUAAAGCUCAAGCAUUAUUAAAGAGAAUUAAAGAAUCUGAUGAUGAAUUAGAUAAAAAGUCAAUUAUGAUUUGUUCAGACCAAGUUAUAGUUCACAAUGGUGUCAUUAGAGAGAAACCAGAGACAGAGCAACAAUGUAGAGAGUAUUUACAAAGUUAUGAAUUCCAUCCGGCUGUUGCUGUCGUUAGUGUGGUAGUUGUAAAUAUUGAAACUGGUAAAAUCGUUGAAGGUACUGAUAUUGCAACUCAACAUUUUAAAAAGAUCUCUGACGAGUUUAUUGAUAAAUUAAUUAAACAAGGUGAUGUUAUGCAUUGUGCUGGUGGUUUCACUGUUGAACAUAUGGCUGAUUUCACUUUACAAUUAGAAGGUGAAGUUGAAACUAUUUUAGGUUUACCAAAAACAUUAACUAAAAAUUUAAUUAGUCAAGUUUCACAAUAA